AAGACUCUGUAGAGGCAUCUUCUACGCCGAGAAGUAGUGAACUCGAAGACCAUCCUCCGACUCCUAUUGCUGCUGUGCCUGAACUAUCUUUGCAUGAACUGAUGGAGAACACUGACAAUUUUGGGUUAAGAUCAAUGGUUGGGGAAGGAUCACAUGCGAGAGUCUACUAUGCAGUUCUAAACGGCAAAGAAAUUGCAAUCAAAAAGCUUGACAUGCCACAGAAACAUGAGACCAAUUCUGGUUUCAUGUCACAGCUCUCAUUUGCAUCGAGAUUGAAGCACAGGAAUUUUGUACAGUUGUUGGGGUAUUAUGUGGAGGGAAAUCUGAGGCUGCUGGCUUAUGAGUUUGCCGCCAUGGGAUCUCUGCAAGACAUCUUGCACGGAAGGAGGGGUGCUCUGGGAACACAACAGAGGCCUUUUCUUGGGUGGGAACAGAGAGUGCGGAUUGCGAUUGAUGCAGCAAAGGGAUUGGAGUAUCUCCAUGAGAUGGUUCAGCCACCUGUUGUGCAUAGGAACAUCAGAUCCAGCAACAUCCUCAUAUUUGAUGACUGCAGAGCAAAGAUUGCAGACUUCGAUCUGCUAAACCAGGCUCCUGAUAUGGCUACACGCCUUCUCUCUUCGCGGGUUUUGGGAACCUUUGGCUAUCAUGCUCCUGAGUAUGCAAUGACUGGUGAACUGACCCAGAAGAGUGAUGUUUACAGUUUUGGAGUUGUGCUUUUAGAGCUUCUAACAGGGAGGAAGCCGGUGGAUCAUUCCAUGCCUCGCGGUCAGCAGAGCCUUGUAACAUGGGCAACUCCAAGGUUGGGUGACAAGAAUAAGGUCAAACAAUGUGUUGAUCCAAGGUUGAAGGGACUCUAUCCACCUGCAGCAGCUGCACAGUUUGCACAAGUGGCAGCUGAGUGUGUGGAGUAUGAAGCUGAUCACAGGCCAGACAUGACCUCUGUGGUCAAGAAACUUAGGAAGAUUGCUGUCCAACUCUCGCUGCCAUGAUUUGUCAUCGUUGAGCUUUUGUACCUGCACCCGCCAAGCUGAAUUGAAGAUGAACUUUAUUUUUGAAUUUGCUACAUGAUUGUUCUAUACU